UUUCUCAAUCUCAUUUUUAAUAUAAUUGCUUUAAUAAGAAAUUAUUUGAAGUUUACAUUAAAUUGAAAUAAAUAAAAAAUUUCGAACUGUAUUCUAAUUAAUUGAGCUAGAAAAAUUUUUUUUUUUGUCAGACUGAUUCGGUGUUGACAUAUGUCUUAAAACGAUUCUAUAAUUUAUAAAUCAAUAUAAAAAGAACUUUAAAAAAAAAAUAAUUAAAUUAUGUUAUAAAUAUUAUUUAAGAUAUUUUUCCAUUAAUUAAAAUAGUGAAAAUUGAAAAAUUAAAAAAAUUAAAAAAAAUUUAAUAGAAAAAAUUGAUUGUUGACCGCCAUGCCGGUAAUUCUGAGUUCAUAGCGAGAUUGAGUGAAACAGAUAUAUAAUACUUAGCUUUUUUCUUCAAUUGAAGUAGUUUUUUUUUUAAUAAAAUUUAUCUAAAUUAAAAAUUCAGUCAUCUUAUCAUUCCGGAGUGACUAUAAAAAUUUUUUAAUCGAAAAAAAAUACAAUUGAAUAAAAUUAACCAAAUAAAUACAAUAUUAAAAAUUUUUUAUAAAGUGAAAAGAAAAAAAAUUUAAUUUAUUAUUUAAUUAAAAGAGAAGAAAGAAAGCAUACUUUUUAUAUAGUUCAUUAUCGAUUUUGCAGUAGAAAAAAAUAUAUUAGCCUUUUUUUUCUUUAAUUUUAAUAUUAAUAGAUUUUGUAUUCAUUUUUGUUUAAAAAAUGGAUAAAAUGAUUGAUCCUGCUGAUUUACAAACAUUUAUAAAUAAAAUUGAAGGUGGAGCUUUAGCAGUGGAUCUUUUGAAAAUUGGGCAAAAACAUCAUCUAGAAAAUACUCCUGCUGGUAAAAAUCCAAAACAUAGCGCAAAUUUUAAAGUUGCAUUAGAUAUAGAAGAUUGUCUUGAUCGAUUUUAUGGUGGCUAUUAUUCCGAUUGGGCUUGCGGUGGACAAUGGAACAGAGCGUAUCAAUUCGUUCAACUUUUAGGUACAGCAUUUAAAAAUGCUCAUAUCGAAGUUAUAGCAUUUUUUGAUGGUACCUUAAAAAAGAAUAAAAAAUUGACGAUGGAAAGGAAUGACUUUCGUCAAAAAACUGCUUCUGUCUUAAAGCACAUUCGAAUGAUUGGUACCCCACCACCUAAAAUUUGGUGGUUACCACCUUCUGGUAUAAGAACAACUUUACGUAAUGCUUUACGUAGUGUUAACAUUCAAGUCGCUCAAACUGUUAACGAUCAUCAUAUGGAAAUUAUUGAAUAUUUUCAUGAACACAAAUUAGAUGCUAUACUUGGUCUUCAUUCUGAUUUUAUAAUUGCUAAUACAUCACGUUAUUUUGGAUCUCAUGACCUUCGCUUAUCUUACAAAGGCGCUUUGGAAACUAAAGAAUACGUUGUUUCAAAAUUAUUAACAUCACUUAAAUUAACAGCAGACCAUUUACCAUUUGUUGCCGUUCUUUUAGGAGGAUACGUGCUGAUUGAUGAAACAAAAUUGAAAGCUAUUUAUGAGCGUUUAAAAAUUGAUUCUAGUUUAGACUUCGAAGCUCGAAUUCGUAAAAUAGCGGAAAUUGUUCGAAAUUCACCAACUACUGACAUUGAUGAGUUUAUAAAACAUUUGGAAUUACCUGAAUUCGAAACUGAAAUUAAGGAAUCUGUUGAGUAUUAUCAGCGUCGUGGAAAAUUUUCUGCAAAGAAACAAUCUCAACAAAAAAAUAAACGUACUGGUGCUGGAAAUGAUGCUGCUAAAAAUGUUUCAAAUAAUGAAUCCACGCCUUUUGCGUCUGAAACAAAUGAUAAUGACGAAAUUGCUAAGAAAAUGUUGAGUGAAGUAAGUAGUUUAGUAGAUGAUGAGGGCACUAUUCCACCAGAAACUACCUCAGAAAGUACAGAAAAAGCAAAAACUAAUGAAAAAGAACAAGCUAAACCUGUGCAAAUUAUUCAAUCAUUGAAUUAUACUUUACCUGGUGAAGUAUUAAAAACAUCUUUGAAUAGGCAUCAGCGUGGUAUAAUGGAUCCUCGAAUUUAUCAAUUACUGACUAAAAAGGAAAUAAUUUUACCGCAAAUACUAGAAGAUGAACAAUACAGAGAAAUUCCAUCCGUACAUCUGUUUUACCGUCCAGCACGGCAAAUGAUAUAUGCAAUUCUUUUCAAUUUAUAUCAUCAAAAAUAUUUAUGUUCAAAACGGAACAGCAACAAUGAUAAAAAGGAAAAGAGAGACAAAAAGGAUUCACCAACAAUUGUUCACAAGCCACCAGAAAUUCAGAUUGCCGAAUGGAUAUGGACUCCCCAGAAUGAAUACAAAAAAGCUGAAAUGGUUAACGCAACCCAGUUACCAUGGGCAGUGCCAACAAUUCAAAGAUUAUGGUUUGGAAUGGCUUUCGAAGAUAAACAACGUCGUAUAAAAGCAUUCCUAACAAUCAUGCGAUCUGAUUCCCCACUGAUGCUAAAUAGAGGCUACGUGCCCCAACAUAUGCUUGUCAUGGCCUGUGUUUUAAGAUAUAUUAUUACUAGCCCAGAUCGUAAUAUUUUAACUCGUCAGGAACUCGAUGCAUUUUUGGCGGCAGCAUUUUCUCCACAAUUACCAAUGGUUGAAUAUACACAAGAGUUAGUGUUACCGGGUGUUCACCUUAGAGGAGUUUAUUUGGCAACACUUUUCAUGCAAGGUGUUGAGACAGCUUCCCUCGCAAAUGAUGCUUGUGGCGUGCCAUUGCCGUGGACAAUGACAAAUCCGUGGUUAUUCUUUGACGGAAAACUAUUUCAUUUAAAACUUAAAAUGUCCACAUAUGUUUCAACGUUGAGAGAACUUUGCGAUGAUCAUAUCGAAAUUGUUUUAAAAAUAGAAAGAUUCCGUAAAGCAAUUUUAGAAGACGUCGAACAUUUUUUGCUUCCCGCAGCACAUUUAGAUCCGAUGUACCGACCAGGAUUUUUACCUCAGCCUACUUUACCAUUACCCGCCUUUGGAAAAGGUGCUGGUUCAGCUUCCGCUGCAGCUAAUGCCCUUCAUCCGUUAACAGCCGCUGCAAACGCCAACGGGGCUGGAAACGCCAAUGGAGUUUGGGGAUUUUAUAAUCCUCAAACUUAUUUUUCUCUCUCUCAAGCUUUACUUGGACGGGAAUCCCUUGCAGGAGUUAAUGCGAAUGCAUUAAAUUCUGGACGCAAUAAUCGAAGUGGGCAACGCAAUGCAAAUAAUAGAAAAGGUUAUCAAUUGAAAGUUGGUGGCGUAGUUACAGGUUCUUGGGCAGCUAGUGGUCAAGCUGGUAGAGCAGCAGCGGCAUCAUUAUUGCCACCUGGAGAUCGAUUUGCUGGACUUGAUCUAACACCAGGACAAUUAGCUCGUUUGGCAGCUGCACGUGGGCGUAAUAUGUCACGAGCAUUUGGUAACAAAAUGAAUCAAACAGGUAAACGUAAUCGCAAGCGAAAGGACAAUAAAAAGAAACAAUCCAAUAGCGUUGAUAAAAAGACCGAUAAAAAAGAAAAUAAAACAGAAAAUGAAAGUGAAGCACCAGAAUCUCCGACAACCUCCAAUGAAGCUACAACACCUAAUUCUUCAAAUGAUGACAAAAAGUCUGAUAAUUCUACGACUGAUAAUAAAAAUGAAAUUAAGACUGAAAUUGAUAAGGUCUCAGAGGGAGUAAAAGAUUUAUCUUUGGGUAAUAAUUGUGCAGUGGAAAUACGGAAUGGUACCAUUGUAUUAGCAUCUGAUUUAGCAAAUUCAAUGUGUGAUGAGAUUCUCAAAGAUGAUGAUAAUGAUUCAAAUGAAAUAAAAACAAAAUCAGCCAUAACACCUACAAAAAUUCUAACAAAAACCGAAAGUAUUAAAACAUCAAUAUCUGAAAGUACUGGUGGAUCAGGUGAUGCCACUAGUAAUUCAGCUAAUGAUAAUGACGAUACCAUUAACAAUGGUAAUUCAAAUAGAAGAUUAACCAGAAGUCAAACAAGUUCUAAAAAAUCAUCUAAAACUAAGAAAAAUGGUACUGGAACUAAUUCAACUAAUGAUGACGUCGGAGGUGGUGAUGUACCCGUUAAAGUUUAAAUUGACUCGUUAUUGAAUAAUUAAAUAAAAAAAAGAAGUAUUCAAAAAAUAUUAUAAUUUUAGGUAACAUUAAAAUGCAUAGCAAUUAAAGUACAUAUUAUUUAGUAAUUAAAGUACAUAAUUUGUUCAAAUUUUGACAAAUUUUUUUUUUAUUUUGGUUUUAUUUUGAAUUUUUGAAUGGUUUUUUAAUUUAGUAUUUUAAUAUACAUUUACAUAGAAUUUUUUUUUAUUUUAAACUUUUUCUAUCUCAAAUCCGAAAUUGUAUCAUUUAAAAGACAAGUUUAUUUUUGUCACCAAUAUUUCAGUUGUUUUUAUUUCAAUUUCUUUAAAUAGAUCUGCAUUCAUAAUGUUACUUU